UGGACCCUUCACAGAUUGGAGCAGCUGGAAGUGGAAAUACAAUGGAAAGAUCGCGUUUUCUAUCAAAUAGGUUCACAACUGUAGAGAAGGGCCAGAUUUUUUUGUUACCGUAUAAUGCAGGUAACCAUUGGAUGUUGACUGUUGUCAAUCCGGAGGAAGAAACUAUCUAUUUCAUGGAUCCAUUGCGGCGUCGACUAGUUGGUGGAGAAUGGCAAACUGUUGUAGAAAAUGGGAUCAAAAUUUACAAUGCUCAAAGAAAUAGGUCUGGCCGGAAAUCAAUAAUGUGGCAAAACAUGGGGGGUAUUCAGGCACAACAAAAUGUGAAGGACUGUGGCAUAUUCAUCAUGCGGUACAUGAAGGAAAUAAUUAAGGAUAAGAACCUGGGUUUUGCUUCAAAGUGGCAGCGACGAUCCGAAUUGAUCUACACCCAAAAGGAUAUUGAUGUUGUGAGGUCAGAGUGGGCUAAGUUUGUGAUGAAGUAUCAUAUUUCAUAGCUGUGAUAGUUGUUCAAGGCAG